AUGACGGUUGACAUGAUUGACCUCGUGAUUGAUGUGUUCCCUCUAUCUCCUCGAUUGUGCCAAGGCUCCAUUAGGUACAACGCCCCACUAACCCCACGUACCUCGACUCUUCGUGAGGAAUCUUAUAUACGCAUGACAAUUAUUAUCCCUGCAGUGACCAAAGGAUACCACCAGUCCCUGCCUAAGAAUAUCCUGGUAUACCGUGACGGCGUCUCCGAGGGUCAGUAUGACAAAGUCGUCAACGAGGAACUUCCGCGGCUGCGCAAGGCAUGUACGGAGGUGUAUCCGGCCUCUGACCAGAAAAGGGGCCUCCCACAUUUCACUAUCGUCAUUGUCGGUAAGCGUCACCACACGCGAUUUUAUCCGACAAAGGAAACCGACGCCGACCGGUCCGGCAACCCGAAACCUAGCACCAUCAUCGACCGGGGUGUCACAGAGGCGCAUAACUGGGACUUCUUCCUCCAAGCGCACGCGGCCAUCCAGGGCACCGCGCGUCCGGGGCACUACAUUAUCGUGCUCGAUGAGAUCUUCCGAGCUCGCUACGCCAAGGCGUUGCCGCCGGAAUUCAACAACGUGGCGGAUGUGCUUGAGGACCUAACGCAGAGCUUGUGCUAUAUGUAUGGGCGUACGACCAAGGCAGUCAGUCUGUGUAUGCCUGCUUACUAUGCUGAUAUUGUCUGUGAGAGGACUAGGUGCUAUCUGAGUGGUGUGUUUGACACGCCGACACAAUCCGCGGAGCCAUCGUCAGCUAGAAGUCAGACGGGGGGUUUCAAGUUAGGAAUGAAGAUGUGA